AUGGAUCCAGGCUCUAUAUUUGGCGUGAUUUCUGGCGCAUUUCAGCUUGUGCAGAUCAUCACACAGACCGCUGCGGGGUUGGCGACGUUGCGCGAGAAGUUCAGCCACGCAGAUCUCACAAUUCGGUCACUCAUUUCAGAGCUGACGACCAUCAGAAAUGCCAUUUCAGAGCUAGAUGAGUGGGCAAGGCACAAUACCCGCGACACAUCUGAACAAAAUGAAUAUGACGAGGGCCUCUUUGUUGCGUUGGAUGGCUGCCGCGCCGUCAUGGACGUUCUUUCCGAUCAGGUCGCUACCCUCACCAGAGGCAAUGACACACAAUUUGGGAUAGGCACUCGUGUAAAGAUCCUAUGGAAUGAAGACAUAAUGCGAGGCCAUCAGGACAGGUUACACGCUCAGGUUCUCGCGCUACAACUUUUGGUUCAGGCCUGUCAAUGUCGAUCGACAUCUGACCAACUCGAACUACUUCGCAAAGCGGAAAACCGUCAAAUCAUCCAGAGGGUUGCCAGUGACACAGCGACACUUCGGUCCUCAGGCAGCUACGCAGCCUCCCGCGCCGAUAGCUCUAGCCUGACUCAUCGCCAAUCUUCGUCCGGAGAUACUAUCUUUGACUUCGAUGGUAGACUACUUUCCUCUCCCCCUUAUCGUCGUAUACUCCAUAGUUCGUGGUCAAGAACGGAAACGAAAUCUACUGCCAGUAAUGGCAAUGAAAGCCGGAGUACCGAUGAAGGCUAUGGUAGCGGUUCGGGGAACACACCAAAUAUGUCACGGGCAAGCAGUCUUGUACUGCCAGUUCUACCAUAUGACACAAUCCGCUCGGGACAUGGCCAUAGUAAGAGUGUGCCAUUCAGACCCUCUAACUUUCAGUCGAGCCCAACACAAUUCCAGAGAUGGCAGUCAGACUCCACACCCUCUUCCCCCAUCAGUCGCUCUUCGAGCUCCAAGCGGGAAAAGAUUCGUGCAGCCUUCCGGCAACUGAGUCGCUCUAAGUCAGCGGCUCAAGCUCCUAUACGAACCCUAACAGGCGGGUCAAUGGCAGCACGGCGGAUCAAUGGGCGAGAUAUGCAUACCAGCAUCGACCUAACAACACCCGAGGGGGCUGCUGCACCACUUAUUGUCAAGACAGCCCAGUCAGGCUCUCGUUCAGAUGUCGAGAGACUUAUAGAAAGUUGCCAUGAUAUUGAAGCCUGCCAUGUAAACACUCGAAGAAAUGCAUUACUGGUAGCAUCGCAUUGUGGAAACGAGGAAAUCGUUGAAUUGCUCCUUCAAAGAAACGCUCGACUAAAUGUCACAGAUAAGUCAGGGUCGACUGCCCUGCACCUUGCUGCCUCUCGCGGCCAUUGUGAGGUUCUCAAAUUGCUUCUUUUGGAAGGCAUCGAUACGGAAGCCCCAAAUUCCAGAGGUAGAACCGCGCUCUGGCUUGCAGCAGAGCAUGGACAACUUGAAGCCGCAAACAUCUUGAUUGCCGGUCUAGCUAAGGUCAACACGCGCGCUGAAAACCAAAUGACUCCGCUGCAUACUGCCGCAAAGGAGGGCCAUGAAGCCGUUGUUGAAUUUCUGGUUUUGAAUGGGGCCGACUUGGAAGCCAGAGAUGGAACGAUGAUGACAGUACUGCACCACGCCUGCGAAGAGGGUCACAUGGGCGUGGUUGAGCUUCUUCUUACUCACAAAGCGGACAUCGAUGCGGUUGGAAGUGAUAACAGGACGCCACUUGUUUGUGCUGCAGCGAUGGGCCGGCUGCAGGUAACGCAGGCUUUGCUCAAGAGAAAGGCAUCCACUAGACAGGUCGAUGAUGCUUCUAUGACAGCGUUACACUGGGCUGCGUACAAUGGACACACAGAAGUUGUUGACCUUCUUAGUCAGAAGAAAGACAUUCUAGCUAUGGCCAACAUUGCUGGUCGAUCAGCUCUGCACUUGGCUGUCCUGAAUUCUAAAUUUGCCGUUGUGGAAUUACUCCUUCGCAAGCGUGUUCCAAUGGAAACGCAGUGCCGUUCCGGUUUUGCUCCGCUUCACUAUGCUUGUAUAACUAAAACUGAUAAUACUGCGAUUGUGAAGCUCCUGCUCAUCUCGGGCGCCAAUAUAGAAGUGCAAACGAAGGACCAACAAAGGCCAAUUCAUCUCGCCGCAGCUCGCGGUUCCAUAGCAUUGCUUAACUUACUUUGUGACAAAGGCGCAUCUUUGAUAGCUCGAGAUGCUAUUGGAGACCGAGCGCUUUGUGCAGCAUGUCGGUAUGGACACACAGCUGCAGUUCAACAUCUCCUAGAUCGGGGUUCACCUCUAUCUUUACCGUACGACGAUAAGUUGCAGGAGGAUUCUCCUCUUUGUCUGGCCGCAAUGGGAGGCCACCUGCCCAUUGUAACGCUUCUGCUUCAGCACGGGGCUUCCGUCCUGAAAAAGGAUGAACAGGGAUGGCAGCCGUAUCAUCAUGCGGCACAUUACGGGCAUCCAGAUGUUUUGCGAUUCUUGCUGUCCUGCAGUCCCACGGGAUGGGUCAUGGAGGGAGCAAGUGAGGACUUUACGAUGGAAAGGAUUGGCUUUUCACCUUCUGCUGAUAUCCCUGAGGAAAAGAAGAAGGUGAUACAGGACUUAUUGAGCGAGUCACAGCGGCGGCCAGUAGCAACUACCGAGAGCAUUCCACCCAGAGUUCCUCCAUUUUUGGGUGAUGUGCCAACAAGGGGACAAACCCGGUCUUCGGGGCUGGCUGGAAAUCAGUAUGUGCCGUUCACAGGACAGGUUCCAGUUAUUCAAGAGUUACCCGGGACACUGGAACAAGGCCUACCCCCCAGUCGAUCCACUACCCCGGAGCAAAUGCACCGUAAUAUGAGGCCCCGCCGUGGCUCUGGCACUCUCCUGCAAGCUCUACCGGAGCAGGGCUCGUCAGAACAGCACAUUGUCACACCUCGCGCUCGGCACCCUGAGGCUUUAGCAGAAAUACUGCAAAAUGAGGACUCGAAUUAUCAUUUGCGGGAGGGUGUAAACUCAGCAGCGGUUGGAGGCUCAGCGCCAAGCAAUUUACCUCCAGGCACCGUGUACCAUCUUUUAGAGGAAUGGUCCCGGCCACGCUCAACAGCAUCCCCAGUGUCGAUGAUUAAUGAACCUGUCUUAGAACCGUCACCUGCAGUGAAACUAGUUCGAGGGGACUCAUGUGAGGGCCCAGGUAGAGAAUCUGACGCAGAGUCAAUAUCAUCGGUAUACACUGCACCAGAAGGAGUCGUGUAG